UGCGUCCGUCCCCUGUAGUUAUGACGACCCAUCACUGUGAGACAAGAAACAUUGGGGCAAUCAGCUGUGGUUCCAGCGCUCCCACCUACUGGCUUAUGAUUGUGGUCUAUACCCUGCUAGCGUUAUUUUAUCCUGUCUUGGAGGACUCCAGCGUUCAGCACCGUGUCAGGAUGAGGCUGGAAAGCACUUACAGGAGUAAGGUGUAUUGUGCAAUUCUCAUUGUGUCUCAGCUCUGGAUGUGUGCCCGGUGUCAGGAUUCCUCAGAGGGUUUUUCCAUUCAGGUGGAGCCCAGUAUCACAGUACAGGAGGGGCUGUGUGUCAUAAUUCCUUGUUCUUUUACCGCCACCUAUAGGUCGACAUUCACAAAUUCCACCGGAUACUGGAAGAGCGAUUUUUACACCAACCUCGCCUCUAGUGACAGAUCGGUGCCGAUAGUAAAAGAGAAUUUCCAUAUUUUAGGGAAUCCAGACAAUGGGGAUUGUACCCUGAAAGUCACGGAUGCCAGGAAACAAGACACGGGGACGUAUUUCUUCCGAUUUUUAGGGAAUAAAGAGACGGGUUUUAUGUACAAUUACUUAUCACACAAGACAACCCUUCUGGUGACAGAUCUUACACAAAAACCUGAAAUUUCGAAUCUGGGGAAUCUGAGAGUUGGUGAGGAGGUGACACUGACAUGUACCCCUCCAGGGAAUUGUGACGGGACAGACCCCACCAUCACGUGGUGGAAGGACAACCUGGAUGGAUCGUGGGGAAAAUCCCCAUCAAUAACGUUUACCCCAUUACCGAGCGAUCACAAGACGGCCAUAACCUGCGAGGUCAACUACCCGGCCGUGAGGUCCUCGACCCAGAAGACCAUCAUCCUGGAUCUACAGUAUCCGCCCUCUAUAGAUAUUUUUAUUGGCCCCUCAGGAAUAAUAGAAAAUCACACGGUGGUCCUAAAUGAAGGGGAUUCUGUAACCCUGAACUGUUCGGUGGUCAGUAACCCAGCAGCUUACAUGACCUGGACGAGGGGGGAGAAUACUGUGGUCAGCAGUGUGACCGGUCAGGGGCUGGAGCUGUAUCUGAUGGACAUUACACCCAGUGAUAUUAAUACAUACAGCUGCUCCGCAUGGAAUCUACACGGGGACACCAGUGACUUUGUUGAUAUCCUCUUGCAACCUAAAAAUGAAGAUUCGGACGUCAAGCUCUCUUUUGAAACAUCUGCAACUCCAGCUCCAGAAGGGGUGACCGUGCCUUCCCCCCAGUGUGGUUCCAGGGACAUCGAUUUCACAAUCCUUGGAGCCUUCAUAGCCGGGAACAUCUUGAUCCUCUCCUUGAUCGCCCUGGCUCUUCUUUGCUUUGUGAAGAGGAACAUGAAGAAAAGACGAGAAGCAAUAAUCAACAAUGGCGAGGAGCUCAGCGCUCGGGGGACAGCCUCCGCGUACAAGAAUCUAAAUGAAUAGAAUCUAAAAAAAAAUCAUCCACAGCAUCAUCGCCUCCUAACAAUGCCGUGUAAUGCGGACUACUGGACUACUUCCUGCUUAGUCCUGGAUAGAGAUAAGGUCCCGAAUAUCUCACUCUGUGUAUCGCCACCUGAAGGAGGAUUUGGCUCUUGGCCAAAAACUACUGAAUUGGGAUUUCUUAUCAUACUAGCGAUAAAGGGGGGAAUUUAUGCCUGUCUUAUGUAAAAUCCCACUGGUGCACGCCUCUUAAAGGGGUACUCCGGUGGAAAACUUUUUUUUUUUUU